AUGGAGACUGCGGUUCAGCGGCGCGAGCUCGAGGGUUUGUCUCAGGCGCUGCUGCACCAGAGCCCUGCUGCUGCUGCUGCUGCUGACCGCGAGAGCAGCAGCAGCAGCAGCAGGAACUUGCUGGCCCUCGAGAGAGAAAAUGCAGAGCUGCGGCAGCAGCUUGCAGAGCUGAGUGCAGCAAUUGGUGCUUCUGCAGCGGAUAAAAAGGGCGGGGGCGCGCUGCCCGCGCUGCUGGCGUCGCAGCUGCGAAGUGCACACAGAGACUUGGUGAAGCUGCGCAGCAGCAUGAGAGCUGAGCAGCAAGCAGCAGCAGCAGCAGAAACAAAUGUAGGAGCAGCAAUGAGGGCCCUCGGAAGAGGCGCGGAAGUUUUUGCUGCUGACCCCAACGACUGCACGCUGCAGCAAGCGGCCCUUGACAGCCAGCUCGUUAAGGCCAGGAGAAGGGUCUUAGCCGCUCGGGAGUUCGUGUGGUCGGCUGUCGCGACACUGAAGGAUUUAAUAGACCAAACAUUUGAACGGGUUGGGCGUCUUGUGAAGUCCGAAGUGCCUCUCCGCCAAAAAAGCGCCUAUUUGAACGAACUCCAGGCCCUAGUGACCAGCCAGUUGGAUCCGGCUUUAAAGGUUUACAACGACUUGGACGCAGUUUUUAAAGAACUGGAAAACCUCAAAGCUGUUGUCUUCGACCCCAGGAGAAAUAAUCCUUACUGCCCCUGCCGCCCGCGGCGAAUGGUCUUGGAAGAUGAUUUGGAACAUCUGCAGCAGCAGCUGCAGCAAACGAGCGAGGCCUUAAGAAGAACUCGGACAGAACUCAUCAAGUCCGAAAUGGAGGGUUUGCAGGCCUUCGUCCAGGACAAGGUCCAGUCGAAUGCUGCAGCAAAUCCCUUCAAAACAAGCCCCCAACCAGCAGCAGCAGCAGCAGCAGCAGAUCAAUCUCCCGCUGCUGCCGCUGCCGCUGCAGCUUACCAGCAGCAGCAGCAGCAGCAGCAGCAGCAGCCUGCUGCAGAGGAAGAGGAGACUACGGAAAUUCUGCUGCUCAUGGCGCAGAGGCAGCACGAAGCUGCAAAAGUUGCAGAGGCGCUCGCGGCAUUGAAGGACGAAGUGGAAAUGCUGAAAGACAGAGCCAUGUGUGAAGAGGCCAGCAAAGGGCCCCCCGAAAAGUAUUUGGCAGAGGAGCUUUUUAGUAGAGAACAAAAAGAGGCGGCGAUGCAAAAAGACAAGAAGCCGGCGGGGAGUCUGGAGGAGCUGCAGGGGCCAUUGAGGGAGGGUCGCAUCAUGCAGCAGCAGCAACAGCAGCAGCAGCAGCAGCAGCUGCAGCAGCAGCAGCAGCAGCAGCACCCUGCUGCUGCACUGCAGCAAGCAGCAGCAGCACUCUCAAGCUUCCAUUUUGAGAAGUUGUCCGGGCCUUUGGACCCCAAAGACCUGCAGGUUUUGAAAAUGAUUGAAGAGCAGGCGGCGAAAAUGCACAAAAUGAAUGAAGAGAUGAGGGGCUUGUCGUUUAUUUGA